GUUAUGAAUGCCAGUAUCUAUCUAAAGUCCUUUGGAUGGAAGGAAGGUGAAGCCCUUCAAAAGGGUGGACUUAAAAAGCCAAUUUUGGUUAAACAUAAGAAAGAUACAAAGGGUUUAGGACAUGAUACUAAUGAUUCAGAUAUGUGGUGGGAAAAAUUAUUUGAUGGACAAUUGAAAAGUUUGGAAGUUAAUAAAGCUGAUUCUGGAGAAUAUACUAUUAAACAAAAUGAAGAACUGAUUGUUCUGCAUAUCAGAAAAGAAACUUCAGUAUUAUAUAGAAUGUUUGUUAAGGGAGAAGGAUUAGCUGGAACAGUUGGGAAAGAUAAGAAGUCAAAGAGUAAGAAAGAGUCUUCAUCUAUAGAUAAAUCGAAGAGUAAAUCCAAAUCGAAAGACUUAGAGAAGUUGAAGACAAAAGUAGAGAAGAAAGAGAAGAAGGACAAGAAAGAAAAGAAAGAGAAGAAGGACAAGAAAGAAAAGAAAGUAAAAGAUCGUUCCAGUAAACGUAAGAGAGAUUCCGACUCAGAUGAGAGUGACAAGAAAUCAUCUAAGAAAAAGAGAUCAAAAUAGUUGUCAAGUGCUACUUAAUUUUAGUGCACAACCAUGUAUAUUAAUCAGUGUAUAUAUAUAGACGCAAUAUAACUUUGCUAUAGACUAUUUCCUGUUUUGUGUGUAGUAUAGUUUUGCUUAGCUGGUGAUUAAAAGUACUAUUAAUAGAAGAGCUAUAAAUAGAGUUAGCGAAUUCCAGAGUUACUGUACAUACCAUACCCUAUUGGUGAUCAGAUAUCUUUAACUACUCGUAUACUAAAUUGGUAUGUGUGUGUGUGUGCAGGAAAUUACUCUGUUACUAAAUAAAGGAUAUAGUGUAAAGGAUACGAAUAUAAAGAACCAAGACGAACUA